UGCAAAUGUCCCUCGUGCCAACGCCCCUCGUGCCAACGCCCCUCGUGCAAAUGUCCCUCAUGUAAACGUCCCUCGUGCAAAGCUCACUCGUGCAAACAUCCCUCGUGCAAGGCACCCUCGUGCAAAUGUCCCCGGUGUGAGGCGCCCUUAUGCAAAGCUCUUUUGUGCAAACAUCCCUCGUGCCAACGCCCCUCGUGCCAACGCCCCUCGUGCAAAGCUCCCUCGUGCCGACGUCCCUCGUGCCGACGACCCUCGUGCAAACGGCCCUCGUGCAAAGCUCCCUUGUGCCAAUGCCCCUCGUGCAAACAUCCCUCAUGCCAAUGA